AUGGCUUCUAAAACUAUUUCCAUUGUUCUCCUCUUCAACAUCAUCUUCUUCACUAUGGUUAAUGCUCAAUGUCCCCCAGACCAACUUGUUGUUAAUGUAUGUGCAAGUUUGUUGAAUGGAGUGGUUGAUGUUUCUCUGCCGGCAGGAUCUUCUCCUUGUUGUCCCCUUCUCAGUGGAUCUUCUCCUUGUUGUCCCCUUCUCAGUGGUAUCGUGGACGCAAACGCUGCCGCAUGUCUUUGUAGUGCAGUUCGGGCUAAUGUCGGAAACUUUGUUAACCUGAACAUUCCAGUAGCAGUCAGCUUCACACUCAACCAUUGUGGGCUUCCAACGGAUUUUCAGUGCAUUUGA